AUGAUAUUUAAAACAAAAAGUUUAAAAAUAUCUCCUUUUUAUCAAAUUUAUGGUUUUAGGUUUGUGAAAGGGAUGAUAUUUAAAAAAAAAAUCCAUUUAUCUAAAUUAAAUAAAGAUCAAGAUUUAAUUCAUAUUCAUUCAUUAGCUUUGAAAUCUAUUGUAGGAAAAAAUUCAUGGGCUCAAAGAUUGCUACAACCGGUUGUACUUACACUUAGUAUGGGAAUUAAUGCUUCUUUGUCAGGAAGCAUGGACAAUUUAUCUUAUUCUAUAGAUUAUGCAACAGUUUAUAAAGAAGUUUUUAAAUUAGUUGAAAAUUCUAAAUUUGAAAAUCUAGUAGACUUAUCUGAUAAGAUUUCCAAAGUUGUUCUUGGAGAUAAGUGCAAAGGGAAUUGGGUUAAAGUCAUAGUGGAAACUCCUAAAGGACAUUUGUUAGCAGAAACUGGAUUACAAAUUAUAAGAAGAAAAGAUGGUAUUAGAAAAGUUGAAGAUCAAUUUUUUAUAAGGAAUUUAAGUCUUUAUACAAUCAUAGGUAUAAAUCCAGAAGAGAGGGUUAAUAAACAAAACAUCAUUAUUGAUUUAAUAUUGUUCAAGUCAUUUGUAAAUUUAGAAUGUAAAGAUGAUCUUAUUAUAAAUACAUAUAAUAUUGAAAAAUUACUGAAAGAAGUUGUUAAACAUGUAGAAGAGUCAACUUUUAAAACUAUAGAGGCUCUUGCGUUAUCUAUAGCAAGGAUUUCAUGUAUGUCACAUAAUAUUGAAAAAAUAGCAGUCAAAGUGGAGAAAUCUUGUGCUUUGGCCUUUGCUAAAUCAGCUGGCGUUGAAAUUGUUAGGUCUCGUUCUUGUUUUUCUUCUGAUAACUGUAUUAAAUCUGGGAAAUCUAUCGAUAAUGAAGCCAUUUAUAUAUCACUUGGUAGUAAUCUUGGGAAUAGAGUUAAAUUUAUAUUGGAUGCCAUAGAAAAAAUGUCUACAAAAGGAAUAAAGGUUUUGAAAACAUCUAUGUUGUAUGAAUCAAAGCCUAUGUAUUUUAAAGAUCAGCCUGCAUUCUAUAAUGCAGUAUGUAAGGUUCAAACUUCUUUACAUCCUGAACAGCUUUUAUUUGAAUUGCAAUUAAUUGAAAAAGAGCUUGGACGUGUUAAAGUUAUUGAUAAGGGUCCACGGUGCAUUGAUUUGGACAUUGUUUUUUAUGGAAGAAAAAUAAUUAAUUCUGAAUCAUUAAUUGUUCCUCAUCCUCGAGUACUCGAGCGUUCGUUUGUUUUAAAACCCCUUCUUGAUAUAUCAAGUGAUCUUGUUCAUCCCGUUACUGGACUAUCUAUAGCUUCAUAUUUUGAGAAAAUUGUUGAUCACAGUAUUAAGCCGGUUUUGCCAUUCUUAUAUAAAAAUAAAAGUAUGAAUUUUAGUUUCAGGUCUUAUAAAGUGCCUACAUAUAUUAUGGCUAUUUUGAAUCUUACACCUGACUCUUUUUUUGAUGGAGGUAUUCAUUCAUGUGAUUCUGUAUUAAUAGAUGUUAAAAAAUUUAUAAAUGCAGGAGCAACAAUAGUUGAUAUUGGUGGGCAGUCUACAAGACCAGGUUCGCAUAUUAUACCUUUAGAAGAAGAGAUUUUUCGAGUUAUUCCUGCUAUAAAAUAUCUUCUGAAAACAUAUCCUGAUAUUUUAAUAAGUAUAGAUACAUUUCGUUCUGAAGUUGCAGAACAGGCAGUUAAGGCUGGUGCCAGUCUUGUUAAUGAUAUAAGUGGUGGAAGGUAUGAUCCAAAAAUGCUUAGUACUGUUGCUAGACUAAAGGUUCCAAUAUGUAUAAUGCAUAUGAGAGGCAAUUUUUUAACUAUGGACAACUUAACUGAUUAUGGUGUUGAUAUUAUAGAACAAAUUACUAUAGAAUUAGAAGAACUACUUAAUUCUGCUGAAAAGUCUGGCAUUCCUCGUUGGAACAUUAUUUUAGAUCCUGGAUUAGGAUUUUCUAAAACGUUUCAUCAAAAUAUAGAAUUAUUAAGAAGAUUUAAUGAAUUAAAAUCUAAAAAUUGUUUUAACGGUCUUCCAUGGUUGCUUGGUCCAAGUCGUAAAAGAUUUACUGGUUUUAUUACUGGUGAUAAUAUGCCAAAAGAUAGAAUUUGGGGCACAGCAACUGCAGUUGCUGCUUCUAUUUCAGGGGGUUGUGAUAUUAUAAGGGUUCAUGAUGUUCAUGAAAUGUAUAAGAUUUCAAAGAUGUCAGAUGCUAUUUGGAAAGAAAUUUAUUAA